CGUUUUUGGUUAGGGCCGGGGAAUUAUUCACUUCCGAUGGGUUUCGGUUUAUUUUGUCGUCGGGGGGAUUAUUCCUCGCUCCAGGGGAAUUCGUCAUCUUUGAGUCGUUUUUCUCGGGGGUUCCCGUUUUGUUAUUACUCAUUUAUUACGGUAAUUGACGAAGGGGGUACGACCAGAGAUUUUGUACGACUGCAGCAAUCACAACAGACUGACUCACACAGCAAUGCACAUAACCUCACUAUUCAGUUACUGACAGCCAAAGAUUACACAGAAGUUACCGUUUGUUUUAGGGUAAUAAUUAGUUAUAAUUGUUUUGAGAGUUGAAUUGGUCGAGGGGAGAUGGUGUGAGGCUGACUGGGACUGACGUGAAAUGUGAUUGUUGAAUAGGGGAGUAAGAAUGAGCGAUAUUGAGCUUCCGGGACAAGAGCGGUGGGCAUGGAACUGGACACAAUUGUGCGGGGUACGAGGGAGCAUAAGACCUCUGAAUCCUGACACUAACGAUCUCGGGUUGUGCUUCCAGCAGCUCUAUCUUCAGAUUCCAACCUUGGGUCUCCUCGCGAUCGCCUCGGCCUACUACUGCGGCAGAAGAACGACCCUAGCCCCCUACGAGCGCUUCUCGCACUACGCGCUCACCCUCCGCCUCCUCAUAACCGCCUGUCUGGCGAUUCUCCCCAUAAUCCGUGCGUACAUAAUCCUCUCAGACACAACGCUCCCCUCCCCGCGGAACCUCACCUCCCCUCUCUCCCCCCUCCAGCGCGCAAACCCCCUCCUCGACUCCCCUGAGAUCUCCAACGAGGAGACCUCAGCGAAGCCCAUCGACUACCUAGUGGCCGGCACCGAGGGCCUAGCCUGGAUGAUGCACCUCUGCUUCGUCCUGAGCCUCCGCCGAGGCACGAGGUUCAGCCUGCGAGGGCCCGUCGUCAUCAGAGCCCUCAUCUUCAUGCUGAUCGGCAUAUCCGCCCUCCUCCUAAGCACCCACAUCAAGCAUUCCCCAUCCAACGACGUCCUACCCAACCUCUCCCUGGGCUUCAGCAUAACAGUCGUCGCCCUGAUGUGCCUCUACGCCCUGACCCUGCUCCCAACCCCCAACGAAAAUCCUCGUCAAAGGGGCUCGAGGUACACAGAGAUCGGUGAGAACACAGCCCUCCUAAACUCCCCAGGCCACUCCUACAUUCACUUCCUCGAGGACCAAGACCCGAACUACCUGGGGACCGCCAUGGAAGGCAACCCAUUUCUCUCGAGGCUCCUCUUCCACUGGGUGACCCCCAUGAUGGAGAAGGGGGUGAGAGGCUCCCUCAAGCACGCCGACGACCUGUACGACCUGCCGGAGCACGUGAGCACCGCCUCCAUCAACUGCGAGAUCGACAGGUUCAUCAGGAAGCCCCCCAGGUCAAGCGUCUACGUCGAUCCUGAUCGGGACCAAACGUCUCCCCCCAGCAACAACAUCUCCCUCCUCCGGCUGCUCCACAGGUGCUUCGGCUGGCAGUUCUACGCCGUCGGAAUCCUCAAGUUCAUAGCUGACUGCUCCGGCUUCGUCGGCCCCAUCCUCCUGAACAAAAUGGUCGGCUUCAUCGAGGACAAGGACAAACCGCUGGCCUACGGAUACCUUUACGCAUCCCUGAUGUUUCUCGCGACCCUCAUCGGGGCCUUCGCCAUCGCCCACUUCACCUUCUGGAUGAGCAUCGUGGGACUCAAAAUAAGGAGCACUGUCGUCACUCUUGUCUACAAGAAGACCCUUCACUCCUCAAAUGUCAGGUUGAACCAGGAAUUCACGUUCGGGGAAAUCGUCAACUUCAUGAGCACUGACAGCGACAGAAUCGUCAACAGUUGCCCCAGCUUUCACACCUUCUGGAGCAUUCCUCUGCAGUUGGUCGUGACGCUUUAUCUUCUUUACAAUCAGAUUGGGCUUUCUUUCCUCGCGGGAUUGGCAUUCGCUGUUAUUCUGAUUCCGAUUAAUAAGUUCAUUGCCAAUAAGAUUGGGGUUUUGAGCACAAAGAUGAUGGGGUUCAAGGAUCAGAGGGUGCGCCUCAUGGGGGAGAUCCUCCGGGGAAUAACGACCAUCAAGUUGAAUGUCUGGGAGGAGCACUUCCUCCGGGAAAUCGCGACGCUCAGGGAGGGGGAGAUCAAGUAUCUCCGCGGGCGGAAGUACCUCGACGCCCUCUGUGUGUACUUUUGGGCAACUACCCCCGUGUUAAUAUCGAUACUAACCUUCGGGACGUACGUGCUCGCGGGGAAUCCCCUAACUGCCAAAACUGUUUUCACGAGUAUGGCUCUACUAAACAUGCUGAUAGGGCCGCUUAACGCCUUCCCGUGGGUUUUGAAUGGGUUGACUGAGGCCUGGGUCUCUGUGAAGAGGAUCCAGAGGCUUUUGGACCUCACCGACCUCGACGUGUCGACUUACUACUCGGAUCCGCCCAUCGGGUACGACAUAAUGCUGAAAAACGCGUCGUUCACUGCGAAUGACGCGAAGGAGGAGGGCAUUCGGGAGGAGAAUUCCUUGGAGAAUCUCGAUGAAAUCCUCCCGAUGCCGUCGACGUCGACGGCGGUUUUGGAAUCGACACCGUCGAAGAAGUCAGUGUCCUUUGAGAGGGAUAGGGUCUUCAGUCUAAGGGAGCUGACUCUUCAAGCGAAGAGGGGACAGCUGAUAGGAAUUAUGGGAAAGGUCGGAGGGGGGAAGUCCCUCUUUCUGGACGGCAUUCUUGCUGAGAUUACCAAGCUGAAUGGGAUUGUGGCCGUCAGUGAACUUGAUAAGGGCUUCGCCUACGUCAGACAGACCCCCUGGCUCCAGCGUGGAACCAUCCGUGAGAACAUCCUCUUCGGAAAGGCGUACGAUUACAAUAAAUACAGGAGUGUUCUCAAAGCUUGUGCUCUUGACGACGAUCUGGUGUCGUUACCGAAGAAGGAUUUGACAGCUGUUGGCGAGGCUGGGAGCACCCUUAGUGCAGGACAGAAGACGAGGAUUUCUCUGGCUCGGGCUGUCUACGCGGACAAGAACAUAUACCUUCUCGAUGAUAUUUUAGCUACUUUGGAUACGAAGGUCGCCAAGCACAUAUUUCAGAAUGUUGUUCUUGGGAUGUUGAAGGAGAAGACGAGGAUUGUCUGCACACAUCAGACGCAGUUCUUGAUCCAUGCUGAUUGCGUCGUGGAGAUGUCCAAGGGGAGGAUCGUCAAGCAGGGGCUGCCCACUGAGAUCCUGCCAGACCUCGAGGAUUACUUGCUGUCGUCGAAUUCCACGGAGUACAGCAGGGAGAGCAAAUCGCCGAAGGACUUGCCCAACGACGAAUCCAUCAAUCUGAAUGAGGUUGACAGGGAUCCCAUGCUCGAUGAGGAAGUGGUGGAGAGGGGGACUGUGCGGCUUGGGGUUUAUGGGACCUAUCUGAACGCCGUUGGGAGGUUCCUAGCGAUCUGCAUAUUCCUGGCGAUGAUCUUGAUGCAGUCUUCCAAGAACGUCAGCGAUCUGUGGCUCUCCUUCUGGGUGACCCAUGUCAACGCGAGCAUCAGCAACUCUACGGUUCUUCCUUUUACGAUCAAACUCGAAGCGGCUCUCAGGAGGGACACCCCCGGAAACUACUUGGCUGUCUACGCUAUUCUCGCUGUCAUCAACACCAUCUUCACAUUCAUCAGAGCCUUCAUGUUCGCUUACGGGGGCGUUCAUGCUGCCAUUGUCAUGCAUGAACACCUUUUGGGGAUUGUGCUGAGGGCGAAGAAGGUGUUCUUUGAUUCUCAGUCCAUCGGGAGGAUCUUGAACAGGUUCUCCUCGGACACGUAUACCGUCGACGACUCGCUACCCUUCAUCUCGAAUAUCCUUUUCGCUCAGGUGUUCGCUCUGUUGGGGACUGUCAUCAUCACGGCUUAUGGACUCCCCUGGAUAUUUUUGGUCCUCGCUCCACUCGUUCCAGUGUAUCACUGGCUCCAGCAUCACUACAGACUGACCUCGAGGGAGCUGAAGAGACUCUCAAGCACUUCACUGUCUCCUCUCUACACGCAUUUCAAUGAGACCCUUCAGGGCUUGAGUGUCAUACGGGCGUUCAGGGUUGUUCCCAGGUUCAAGCAUGAUAACGAACUGUUUCUCGAGGCCAGUCAGAAGGCCAUGUUUGCGUCGGUGGCCGCCGCCCAGUGGCUCGCCCUCAGGCUUCAGUUCAUUGGGGUGGCGCUGCUAGCCGGUGUCUGUCUUCUCGCGGUCAUUCAGCAUCAGUUCGAUGUCGCUGAUCCUGGGCUCAUCGGCCUCGCCAUCACUUAUGCUCUUGGGGUCACUGGCCUGUUGUCCGGGGUUGUCAAUGUCUUCACGGAGACCGAGAGGGAGAUGAUCUCUGUGGAGAGGAUCAAACAGUAUUUUGAGGAUGUGCCCACUGAGGAGAUCUGUGGGGACAACCCACCUUAUGCCUGGCCCAGUCAGAGUGUUGUGGAGUUUAGGAAUGUUGUGCUGAGGUACAGGGACUAUUUGAUGCCCUCGCUGAAUAGGGUCUCCUUCAGGACCAGACCCGCUGAGAAGAUUGGGGUUGUCGGGAGGACUGGCGCCGGCAAGAGCUCUAUUUUCAAUUGUCUGUUUAGACUUGUGGAGAUUGAUUCUGGGGAAAUACUCAUUGACAAUGUUAAUGUGAGGGGGCUUCAGCUCAAUGCCCUCAGGGCGAGGCUCUGCAUCAUACCGCAGAACCCGUUCUUGUUCUCGGGGACGGUGAGGGAGAAUGUUGAUCCGCUUGGGCAGUAUCCGGAUAUGCAGAUCUUUCAGGCCUUGGAGAAGUGCAAGUUGAGCUCUUUGGUGCAGAGGCUUGGCGGACUGGGGGCCAGCAUUGAUGAGGCCGGGGGGAAUCUUAGCACUGGGCAGAAACAACUUUUCUGUCUCGUCAGGGCUAUUUUGCAUAAUGCGAGGAUUCUGUGCAUCGAUGAGGCCACUGCCAAUGUUGAUCUGGAGACUGAUAAGGCUAUUCAGAAUACUAUUAAGUCUUCCUUCAGGAGCGCCACGGUUAUUACCAUUGCGCAUAGGAUUAGGACCAUUAUGCACUGUGAUAGGGUAUUGGUGAUGGGAGACGGUCAAGUAUUGGAGUUUGACGAGCCAAAUGUACUCAUCGAGGAUGAGGAUUCGUAUUUUUACGCUCUUGCGAGUCAAGAGUUCGCUGAUCAAGAUAAUUAAGUCGUUAUCGAUUAUAUACAGUCAGAGAUAUUUUUUCAUCAAUGUUGGACCUCAGGGUCUUUGUAAUUAUCAUUGAAUACAUCGAUUUUAUAUUGCUUUUACAUUGUAAGCAUACGAUAUGGAGAUUUGUGGUGAUGAAAUACAAUCGGCGUAUGUUCGUUUUUCUAUGAGUAUUUUAAUUCUGAGGAAUUUAUCGACAGAUAUUUCGUAGAAAGAGCCAAUAGAUUUUUUAUUUUGUCAUGAAUCAUUUAAGUGAACAUUUUUUCGGCAUUUUUUUUUAUUGUUCAUUGUGAAAUAACAGAAUGAGAUAAUUUCAUGUAAGAAUAUGGGGAGAAAUCAACAUCUAUUGGCUUUUUUUAUUGGAUAUCGUCUGGAAAAUGAUACAUAAUAAAAAUGAUAUAAUUAUUUCA